AUGGUCCGCGUAAAGAACCGCUAUCUAGUGGUCAACAUCCUCUACCCGACCUCGAGCCCCGCUGCCAAAGCGAGCGACGCCGUUCCCGAGCUCCUCCAGUUCCACGCGCCUACCUCAGAUGCGUUCCACACCGGGCAGCUUGUGCGGCUCGUGAGAGAGGGCAUUACAGAGCUAUUUGGCGACUAUGGGAUGGGCAUGGCGAAUCGAACGCUCAAGGUCACAUACUGGUCCCCCGCAACCUCGACCGCCAUCAUCCGCUGCCCGCGCGAACACUACGAGAUGGUCUGGGCGGCGCUAACGUUCACGACGAAGCUACCCCGGCCGAUAGACACGCCGGUCGUUUUCAAGGUGGUUAGGGUCAGUGGGACGAUUAGAAAGGCGGAAGAGGAGGUUAUAAGGAGGUCAAAGGGGAUUAUCAGGAAAGCGAAGGAGGUGGAGAAGGGUAGGAAGGAUAGGCUGAUGGAGGGGGUAGUGCAGGCGGUCGAGAAGAGGGGCGAGCCUGAUGCCGUGUUGGCCCAGGUCGAUGAGGCGGAGGAGAGUGAGAGCGACAGCGACUAG